UCCUUUUGUUCAUUCAAAAAACGCAACCAAGUUAAUGUAUUACCAUUCCGGAAUAAAAAAUAAUUUAUAUUGUUAAAUAAAUUUCUAUUGGAAACAUGACAAUUGAUCCAAAUAUGAUAGAAGUUAAUGAGAUCACAGAUUAUUGGUCGUUUCUAAUGAGUAUUGAUUGGCGAGAUCCUUGGUUAAUCGGCUUGAUCAUAUUGCAUAUAUUGACUACGACCACAACAUUGAUGACUCGAAAUAAUACGAAUUUCCAAAUAUUUCUAUUCCUAAUAUUGCUAUCUGCUGUUUAUUUCUCGGAGUCUAUAAAUGAAUAUGCUGCUUUAAAUUGGCGUUCGUUUUCAAAACAACAAUACUUCGAUAGUAAUGGUCUAUUUAUAUCUACGGUAUUUUCUAUACCCAUCUUGCUCAAUUGCAUGCUGUUGAUUGGUGCCUGGUUGUAUAAUUCCACAAAAAUGAUGGCCACACUGAAGACUGCUCAAUUAAAAGAUAAAGUUAGGCGGGAACGCUUAAAGAAAAAAGCCGAAGUCCAUCUUAAAGAGCAAUAAAUCAACAAAGACUAGAUAAAAAAAAUCAAACUAAUAGCGUUAUAACUUAUAAUUCCUAUUAGCUUUCAUAAUUUUAUUCUAAUUUUUUCUAUACAUAUUUUACAGUGUAUUUUUAAUGUUUAUAAAUAAUCCAAGAUUGUUAUUAUUUUUUUGUAUUAAAAUAAUACUGAUAUGCCCUUUAUAUACUUAAAUGUAAAUGAUUAACUCAGCAAUUGCUUUUUAUAAAAUUCUUUAUAAUCAUUAUACAUAUAGAAAAUACUUUGUAUAUUAAAGACUUAAAAAGGUGUUUUUCAUUACGAUUUUCUUUUAAUUUUAUGAAAUUAGUAGCAAGUUAAGCUAAAACCUAUUGUACUGGUUAAUAAAGGAAAUAUUAUUUCAACAAAAAUGCCAUAUUUUAAUGGAAUAAGUAAUUGUUAUGGACUAAAUAAAUAAAUAAACAUAUGUAUACAUAUUUCAUAAACUAUAAACAAAUUAAA